AAAAUAUCGAAGCAAGUGCGACACAUCAAGCAGGGUCGUCAGCCACAAUUGGAAGUUCCUGACAGCCCGGCCCCCGAAAUGGCCCCAUUUCAUUACAUAAGUUCAGGGACCCGAAAUCCAGAACCAAUCAAAACACAUUUUCACAUCUCAGCCUUAAACGAUUUUCGACAGAGCCUCGAAAUUUCAACCUCAAACAAGCCCUCCAACCGUUAUCCUCACCUCAUUCUUAUAUCGUCGCAUCGCAGUCCCCGCGAUCGGUGCCCUGCGUUAAGGGUGUAUAUCGACCGAGAUGAUUCAGCUCAAGACGAUGCUUAAUUGCAUCGACAACUCCGGUGCCGCCUUGGUCGAAUGCGCCAUCGUCAUCGGCCAGAAGAGACACGCCACUAUUGGUGACAGGAUAGUGGCUAUCGUCCAGAAGCAACGAGGAGCUAGCGAUGCCGGCAUGGGUGCCGCCUCUGCCGCGAACAAGGUGAAAAGGGGUGAUAUUAGACACGCUAUUGUCGUCCGUACUAGGAAGCAGGUCCAGCGCCCCGACGGCAGCGUCGUCCGCUUCGACGACAACGCCUGCGUCCUCAUUAACAAGGCCGGAGACCCAAUCGGCACCCGCGUGAACGGCGUGGUGGGAGCAGAACUCAGGAGACGCGGAUGGAGCAAGAUCUUGAGUAUGGCACCAUCUCAUGCGUAGAUGACACCUUCGGAGGAAAUAUAUCUGGACGAUACGAGAGUACGAAUAACGUCAUGAAUGGACGGGAAAAUAUAAAGCCAAUACCAACGAAUAAAAAUAGCUUUG